AUGACGUUGGCAUCCCUCAAAGACAUGGUAAUGGGCUGAUAAGGCCAAGGCUGCAGGUUUGAAUCCCGUAUGGGACACCCUGCAAUGUUUAUGUGACGACUAUGACACAUACGACACAUAUGGGACGCGGGUGGCACUGUGGGUUAAACCACGGAGCCUAGGGCUUGCCAGACGGAAGGUCGGUGGUUCGAAUCCCUGGGACGGGGUGAGCUCCCGUUGCUCGGUCCCUGCUCCUGCCAACCUAGCAGUUCGAAAGCACCUCAAAGUGCAAGUAGAUAAAUACUUCCAGCGGGAAGGUAAACGGCAUUUCCGUGCGCUGCUCUGGUUCGCCAGAAGCGGCUUAGUCAUGCUGGCCACAUGAACUGGAAGCUGUACGCCGGCUCCCUCGGCCAGUAAAGCGAGAUGAGCGCCACAACCCCAGAGUCAUCCUCGACUGCACCUAAUGGUCAGGGGUCCCUUUAUUUAUUUAUUAAUUAUUUUUAUUACAAACAUUGGAUAUCACCUGUAUAAUAAAAUAUUGGCUAAACUGAAGGAGCUGCUUAAACUUUAGGACUAGUCAGAAGCAUGCAAAACAACAGCACUGUUUUUGUUGAGCAACAAAGCGAGCUUUUUAAAUUUAUUUAUAAUUUUUAUUAAAUUUUGUUUUACAAUUUAAAAUACUCAUUUAAACAUCCUUACAAUAUCAAUGUCUUCCCUUCUUCUCUUUCCGUGGUUCAUUUUACAUACCAUAAAUCCCUGCAUAUUUUACAGAAACUAUCCCAUUCAGUAUUCCAUUAUUACAUCCAUCAAAACUUAUUUACACUGUUGAGUUGAUGUACCGUAUUUUUCGCUCUAUAAGACGCACCAGACCACAAGACGCACCUAGUUUUUGGAGGAGGAAAACAAGAAAAAAAAUAUUCUGAAUCUCAGAAGCCAGAACAGCAAGAAGGAUCGCUGCGCAGCGAAAGCAGCAAUCCUCCUUGCUGUUCCGGCUUCUGUGAUAGCUGCGCAGCCUGCAUUCGCUCCAUAAGACGCACACACAUUUCCCCUUACUUUUUAGGAGGGAAAAAGUGAGUCUUAUGGAGCAAAAAAUACGGUAAUUGUUGCCAGCGUUUUCAGCUAUAGUUAUUUCCCAUAUAGAGUGGAACCUCGGGUUACGUACCGUCCUCCUUAUGCUUGCUGUGGGUUACGAGCUCAGCUAACCCAGAAGUAGAUGCUCCAUUAGAGAAAGCGCACCUCAUGUUAAGAACUGUUUCGGGUUACAAAUGAACCUCUGGAACGAAUUAAGUUCAUAACCAGAGGUACCACUGUAUUCAAUAAACGUUUUCCAAUCUUCUCUGGACGUAUGUUCUUCUUGUUCUCUUAUUCUAUAUGUUAAGUCUGCAAGCUGCACAUAUUCCAUCAACUUAAGUUGCCAUUCUUCUUUGGAUGGGACCUCACUUUUUCUCCAUUUUGGGGCUAACAAAAAAUGGGCCGCAGUAGUGGCAUACGUAAAUAACCUUUUUUGACACCUUGGAAUUUCAGUCUGAAUUAUCCCCAACAGAAAGGACUUUUCUGUUUUUUGGGGGAAAGUACUUUCAAACAUUUUUUUCAAUUCAUUAUGGAUCAUUUCCCAAUACAGUGGUACCUCUGGUUGUGAAUGGGAUCCGUUCUGGAGCCCUGUUCGCAACAUGAGCAGAACACAACCCGCGUCUGCGUGGGUUGCGAUUCGCCGCUUCUGCGCAUGCGCUUGAUGUCAUUUUGAGCAUCUGCGCAUGCGUGAGCGGCGAAACCCGGAAGUAACCCUUUCCGGUACUUCCGGGUCGCCGCGGGACGCAACCUGAAAAGACGUAACCUGAACUGAACGUAACAAGAGGUAUGCCUGUACUCUUUUACAAGUCCACCACCUAUGAAAGACCGUUCCCUCUGCCUCUUUCCAUCUCCAGCACUUAUCUGAUUCUGUCUUGUACAUCUUAGCAAGCCUACUCGGAGUUAAAUACCGUAUUUUACGCUCCAUAAAACACACUUUUUUCCUCUUAAAACCUAAGGGGAAAUGUCUGUGCAUCUUAUGGAGUGAAUGUGUGGUCCCUGCGGCUGGGGGGCGGGAACCCGGGCUUCCCUUGUCAGCCCCACAAGCUCGGGGAGCAGCAGAAAGAGGGACAGGGACAGAGCGAGGCUCUCUCACUCCCCCACCUCCCGCAAAAGCCCGCAAAAGCCCCCAAGAGCUGCAUAUUUAUUUAUUUUUAAUCCCCCCCCCCAAAAAAGUAGGUGCGCCUUAUGGUCAGGUGCGCCUUAUGGGGCGAAAAAUAUGGUGCCAUCUGUAAAUCACUUUCAAGUAAUUCAAAGCGAGCUUUUGAGUAGCACAGAAGUCCUCAUCGGGUAUACUUUUUUCCUUUUUUAAAAAAAUAAUUUUUUAUUAGUUUUUCAACAUAUCAUUUUCAACAGUAAUUAAACAUACUUUUACAUCUUAUACAGUGUUUUUUUACUUCCAUCGAUCACAUCUGAAAAUUUUCCAAUCUAUCACUUAAUAUACAUUUCUUACUUUCACUAUUACAUUUAAAUCUCAUAACUAAUAUCUCUCUUCUUUCUCUACUUUGCAAUGUUUCAUGUAUUUCUCCUUACAAAAUGUCUUGUAGUCCUACUAGCGUAAUUUGUUGAUUACAGUUGCUCUUCAAAUAGUUCGUAUAUUCUUCCAGUCUUCUGUGAAUCUCUGGUCUCGCAGGUUUCGAAUCCUUCCUGUCAUUUUAUCUAAUUCUGCGUAGUCCAUUAAUUUCAUCUGCCAUUCAUCUUUCGUCUGAAUUUCUUCUUGCUUCCUUUUCUGGGCUAGCAAUACUCGUGCUGAGUAUACUUUUCCCAUUUUGUUUAGCCCACCUAGCUGCUCCACAUAAACUGUUUGUGACUUCCUUGAUUUGCGAGGCUUUUGGGCUCUGAAGUUGUCUCUUCUCCUUCUCACCUGGCCCAGGUGUUCCUCCACUAUGGCUUUCCCCCCAGCAUCCAGAAGUGGGUGAUGGGACAGAGGCUUCCGCGAGACCACGAGACUCUUCACUACCACGGCAUCCAAAAGGACGGCGACGCAGUUUACCUGUACCUUCUCUCUGCCAGGGCAGCCAAGCUGAGCAAAGAUGCCUUGCAGCGGGACCACGAGCGCAGGCAGCUGGAAGGUGAGUGAUCAGUGCAGAGAGCAUCACCCUCCUGCAAGCGUGACGGGCGAUGCUGGGCUGCGGUUCCUGCUAGGAGGAGGUGGUACCCCAGAAGGUGCCAGAUAUGGCACAGGUUCACGUGGAUGAUGGAGCCAGCUUGUUUUCUGCUCCUCCAGAGAGUAUGACCCAAACCAGUGGAGUCAAAUAUCAAGAGAGUCUGUAGGAAGACUUUUCUGACAGCAAAGGGAUCUGUGCCAGGACUUGGUCCUGCCAGCAGGGUGGCAAAGAGAAUGCCAUCAUUGCCCUUCCCGUUCGGUAUUUUGUAAAGCUUUGUAUUGUGAUGUUUUGAAUUACAGUGGUAAGGUAAAGGUAAAGGGACCCCUGACCAUUAGGUCCAGUCGUGGCUGACUCUGGGGUUGCGGCGCUCAUCUCGCUUUACUGGCUGAGGGAGCCGGUGUACAGCUUCCGGGUCAUGUAGCCAGCAUGACUAAGCCGCUUCUGGCGAACCAGAGCAGCACAUGGAAACGCUGUUUACCUUCCCACCGGAGCGGUACCUAUUUAUCUACUUGCACUUUGACGUGCUUUUGAACUGCUAGGUUGGCAAGAGCUGGGACCGAGCAACAGGAGCUCACCCCAUCAUGGGGAUUCGAACCACUGACCUUCUGAUCGGCAAGUCCUAGGCUCUGUGGUUUAACCCACAGCGCCACCCGCGUCCCGCGUAUUUUUAUAGUAGUGUCCAAAAAAUGUAUUUCUUGCAUAGAUUGGUUCAUUGUUAGGUUGAUGGUGGGUGAAAGUCAUUGAAUGUCUGGUGGAAGGUGUCCAGGGUCUGUUGACCAUGUGUCCAGGUAAUAAAAAUAUUGUCAAUGUAUUGCAGGUGUUUGCCUGCCACCCCCCGCCCCACCCCACUACUCCUUCUCCUGAAGGGGGUCCCUGGACUUGUGCCCUGGAGUCCUGCUCCGAUGGGACCAGCACCCAAUCCUUUCAUUUUAAACAAAAAGCUGUACUCAAGGUGCACCUUGCAGAAAGUGUCUCUCUGACCCCACCCCCCCAGACACACACACAUACACACACCCCAUGAAGCAAAAGCCAGCUUCUUAUGUGUGGCACUGCAAAGGGGGUCAUUGGAAAAGGAUCUGAAAGUAAAAGUUGCAAUAUCUGUGCCCUACGUUAUGCAAAUCAAUGGUGCAACCGCAUUUGGAAUCCUAUGAAUGGUUCUGGUCGCCUCGACUCAAAAAGGAUAUUGUAGAGUUGGAAAAGCUUCAGACCCAGGCAACGAAGGUGAUCUUUUUUGGGUCUCUCUUGCAGUAAGUUCUCUCUGGCUCUGUUGAUCUGUUGUUUAACUUCAGCAGGUGGAUAUUUUAGUUCUAGAAAGGUUUACUGUAGAGCUCUUAGGUGAGAGUCUCUGUCUGUAGAGUUGGAACAGAUGCGGCUGUAACGUACGGCCUGGCUAUAUACAAUGGAUUGUUUGAUAUGUUUGGAAUGGUAGCUAGAAGCAUGUAGAUACGUUUGUCGGUCAGUUGUUGUUGUCGUUUAGUCGUGUCCGACUCUUCGUGACCCCAUGGACCAGAGCACACCAGGCACUCCUGUCUUCCACUGCCUCCCACAGUUUGGUCAAACUCAUGCUGAUAGCUUUGAGGACACUGUCCAACCAUCUCGUCCUCUGUCGUCCCCUUCUCCUUGUGUCCUCCAUCUUUCCCAGCAUCAGGGUCUUUUCCAGGGAGUCUUCUCUUCUCAUGAGGUGGCCAAAGUAUUGGAGCCUCAGCUUCAGGAUCUGUCCUUCCAGUGAGCACUCAGGGCUGAUUUCCUUCAGAAUGGAGAGGUUUGAUCUUCUUGCAGUCCAUGGGACUCUCAAGAGUCAGUUGGUUUACGGUAUAAGGUGGUGUCUAUACGCCCAUCCUGCAUUUUUAUAGUAGUGUCCAAAAAAUGUAUUUCUUGCAUAAAAGGUAAAGGGACCCCUGACCAUUAGGUCCAGUCAUGGCUGACUCUGGAGUUGCGGCGCUCAUCUUGCAUUAUUGGCCGAGGGAGCUGGCGUACAGCUUCUGGGUCAUGUGGCCAGCAUGACUAAGCUGCUUCUGGAGAACCAGAGCAGCGCACGGAAACGCUGUUUACCUUCCCACCGGAGCGGUACCUAUUAAUCUACUUGCACUUUGACGUGCUUUUGAACUGCUAGGUUGGCAGGAGCAGGGACCAAGCAAUGGGAGCUCACCCUGUUGCAGGGGUUCGAACCGCCAACCAUCUGAUCGGCAAAUCCUAGGCUCUGUGGUUUAACCCACAGCGCCACCCAUGUCCCUAUUACAGUGGUACCUUGAGUUAAGUACUUAAUUUGUUCCAGAGGUCCGUUCUUAACCUGAGACUGUUCUUAACCUGAAGCACCACUUUAGCUAAUGGGGCCUCCUGCUGCCGCUGCGCCGCCGGAGCACGAUUUCUGUUCUCAUCCUGAAGCAAAGUUCUUAACCUGAGGUACUAUUUCUGGGUUAGCAGAGUCUGUAACCUGAAGUGUAUAUAACCCGAGGUACCACUGUAUUGCUGUAAGCCGGUUUUGGGUGCAGCUCAGAAGCGGCAUAUAAGUAAAUCACUCAAUCAGUCAAAGCUGAUCCAGACUGGUUUUGGUCCAGAUUUUCUGGCGACGUGCUGCUCCGCACAGCUGAGCAAGACCCAUGCGCGACUUUCUUCUUUGCGUAGCUGACUUCCCAAGGGGAGGAAUGCCUCUUCCAGGGCAAGAAGGCAGCUGCUUCUAGUUUCUUUCAGACCUGCCAACCUUGCCCCCUCCGAACUACCUGCCCUCAGCCCAGCCAGCUCACCUGCCAGGAAGGCAGCCCCAAACAUCCAAAGUGUGCUAGGCUGGUGAAGACCGUUCUGCUCCCAGACCCACCAGGAAGGAUCUCCUUGAAAAUCAUUUUCUUUUUUCCCCCUUUUUAAAUUUUACUUAAUUUUAAUUAGCAAAGAUCUAUCAUACGGGUGAUAACUUAUGUUGGAAGUGCAAAGAAAAGGAGGGUACCUUUUUCCAUAUGUGGUGGGCGUGUCCUAAGGUGAAAGACUUCGGGGGGGAAAUUUAGAAUGAGUUGAAAAAGAUGUUGAAAUAUACUUUUAUUUAAAAACCAGAAGCCUUUCUACUUGGAAUAACAGGUUUGGAAUUGCCCAAGAAAGAUGUUAGACUGUUUUUGUACGCCACAAAUGCAGCAAGAAUCUUGUUAGCUAAAUAUUGGAAAUUACAAGAAAUACCAACAGCGGAGGAAUGGCAAAUGAAGAUGAUGGAUUUUCUGGAGCUGGCCGACCUGACCGGUAGAAUCCGCGAACAGAAGGAGGAGGAAUACCAAGAAGAACGGAAUAAAUUUAAGGAUUAUUUAGCAAAAUAUUAUAAGAUAACAUAAGUAGUAUCAUUUGUGAGUACCAAAUUGGCUUAGGAGUUAAAUGUUUCAAAUUUAAUAAUAUCAUGGAUACAAGUGAAUAGGAUAAGAAAGAAAGAUGUUACAGUGGUGCCUUGCAAGACGAAAUUAAUUUGUUCCGCGAGUUUUGUCGUCUUGCGAUUUUUUUCGUCUUGCGAAGCACGGUGUCGGGAAAGUUUUGGAAAAGCUUCAAAAAUCACCAAAGUCUUUAAAAACCUCAAAAAAAGGCUACCACACUGCGUUCUAUGAGUUGCUCCUCGAAGUCAAGUUGCAACUGUAUUAACGGUGUUAAGAAAAAGGAAACAAACUUGCAAGACGUUUCCGUCUUGCGAAGCAAGCCCAUAGGGAAAAUCGUCUUGCGAAGCAGCUCAAAAAACAAAAAAACCUUUCAUCUAGCGAGUUUUUUGUCUUGCGAGGCAUUCGUCCUGCGAGGUACCACUGUAAUUGACUAAGGUAAAUUGGUUGGAAAUUAGUAUUGGAAAACUGCUACAAUGAGAUAUAUGGAAACACAGCUAGAGGGAUUCAAGGAAGUCAUUUAACAAUGGUAAUAAAAAUAUGAUUAUAAUAGUUAAGAUAAAUGCUUGUAUAUUUGUUUGUUUGUUUUUUAUAUAGUAAUGUCUUUUCUUUUUUGUUGUUUAUGUUUGUAAGAAAUUUGGAAUACCAAUAAUUUUUUUUGGAAAAAAGAAAGUAAAUAAAAUAAUUUCCUUUUCCUUUUGGUCUAGAGCUAGGCAUUCGAGAGGGUGUGCUGGUGCCACGGGGGACGUCAGAAGCGGCAGCCUCGACGCCAGCGGAGCCCUCGGGCGCCCCAAACCUCCAAGAGGAGAAGAGGGGCACCUCGUCACCUCUGCCCGCCGUGCCCCCACCGGUAAUGGAUUGCGAGGGGGCGGGCGACACAGGUAGAGAUGCUAUUUCCCCUCCUUGAUGCUCCCAUCCUCCUCCUUUUUUCUCCUGCGCGGGCUGCUACCUAGGUCGGCUGGGAAUGCCCUACUUGCACCUUCGUCAACAAGCCCACCAGGCCCGGCUGCGAGAUGUGCUGCGCUGAGCGCCCCAAGGGAUACAUCCUGCCGGAAGGGUACCAGCCGGACGUGGAGGAGCUGCAGCGGUUGCAGAAGGAAGAGGAAGCCACGCAGCAGUAUGAACAGGUGACUGGCUGUUGGGAGGGCGAGGCAGCCAGGAGUGACCAUGUAGAUCAGUGUGUGUGUGUGUGUGUGUGCGCGCGCUUUGAACCUUUUAACUUACUUAUUUACCUAUUGCUUUCGUCUCCCACCUUCAUAUCUUGAGUGCCUCAAGGUUCUUUAUUUAAAAUAAUUUUUCUAUUAAGUAAUUAAAUAAUUAUUUUAAAAUAUGUUGCUGUUUAGUCGUGUCCGACUCUUCAUGACCCCCUGGACUAGAGCACGCCAGGCACUCCUGUCUUCCGCUGCCUCCCGCAGUUUGGUCAAAUUCCUGCUGGUAGCUUCGAGAACACUGUCCCACCAUCUCGUCCUCUGUCGUCCCCUUCUCCUUGUGCCCUCCAUCUUUCCCAGCAUCAGGGUCUUUUCCAGGGAGUCUUCUCUUCUCAUGAGGUGGCCAAAGUAUUGGAGCCUCAGCUUCGGGAUCUGUCCUUCCAGUGAGCACUCAGGGCUGAUUUCCUUAAGAAUGGAUCAGUUUAAUCUUCUUGCAGUCCAUGGGACUCUCAAGAGUCUCCUCCAGCACCAGAAUUCAAAAGCAUCAAUUAUCAAUGAUAUCUUAAAACAUAUCAUCCUUAAUUUUCCCCUCAUUUCCCCCCUCCCAUAAACACCACUCCCCACCCCGCCCCCCGACUUCUCUCAGUUCCAAUCUCUGGUUUCUCUAUAGAUGCUCUUCUCUGCAUGUUACAGAAUUAUAAAGGUAAAGGGACCGACUCUGGGGUUGUGGUGCUCAUCUCGCUUAGCCGGCGUACAGCUUCCAGGUCAUGUGGCCAGCAUGACUAAGCCGCUUCUGGCGAACCAGAGCAGCGCACGGAAACGCCGUUUACCUUCCCGCCGGAGCGGUACCUAUUUAUCUACUUGCACUUUUGACGUGCUUUCGAACUGCUAAAUUGGCAGGGGCUGGGACCAAGCAACGGCAGCUCACCCUGUCAUGGAGAUUCGAACCGCUGACCUUCUGAUCGGCAAGUCCUAGGCUCUGUGGUUUAACCCACAGUGCCACCCGCGUCCCAUUACAGAAUUGUAUAAGUCCUUAAUUUAUCUAACUAAUUAUUAUCAAUAAAAAAAAUUGUGAGUGUUUAUUCAAAGCCUGCCAAGGUGUCCUAUUCGCUUUGUUGCAUGUUUAGGUACUUUGUAAAAGGUUCCCAUUCCUCUUUAAAGUCAUAGUUAUCCUUGUCCCGUAGUUUAUGUGUCAGUUUUGCCAGUUCUGCACAGUCCAUCCGUUUCUCUUGCCAUAAUUCUUUAGUCGGGAUUUCCUCAGUCUUCCAUCCUUGUGCUAUUAAGACUCUCGCCGCUGUUGUCGCAUACAUAAAGAUGUUCUUCAGCUUCCUUGGCAGGUCUUUUCCUACAAUCCCUAACAAAAAUGCUUCAGGUUUUUAAACAAAUGUUAGAAGGAACAUUUUCUUCAAUGGUGGCUCAAGGUUCUUGCUUAAUUGCCACAACGACCCUGUGAGGUAGAGGUUAGGCCAAGAGGCAGGGACCGGCCCCAAACUCACACCCAGUGAACCUCAUGUAGCCAAGUUUUCUUGUGUUUUUAACAUUUUGUUGGGAGCCGCCCAGAGUGACGGGAACAACCCAGUCAGAUGCGUGACAUAUAAAUAAUAAAAUUAUUAUUAUUACUACUGUGUGGAGGAUUCGAACCCUGGUCUCUCCCAGGCUCUGGCCUGACUCUCUAACAACUACGGUACCUUGCUCUCUCCAGCCUCAAGGGCCACAUUCUCUUCCAGGCAACCUUCCAUGAGCCACAUGUUGGUUUUGUGCUCAUAUUAUAUGAGGUCCAGUAUACCUGAAGGAGCGUCUCCACCCCCAUCGUUCUGCCCGGACACUGAGGUCCAGCGCCGAGGGCCUUCUGGCUGUUCCCUCAUUGCGAGAAGCCAAGUUACAGGGAACCAGGCAGAGGGCCUUCUCGGUAGUGGCACCCACCCUGUGGAACGCCCUUCCAGCAGAUGUCAAAGCGAUAAACAACUACCUGACAUUCAGAAGACAUCUUAAGGCAGCCCUGUUCAGGGAAGUUUUUAACAUGUGAUAUUUUAGUGUAUUUUUGGUUUCUAUGGAAGCCGCCCAGAGUGGCUGGCGACGCCCAGCCCGAUGGGCGGGGUAUAAAUUAAUUAUUAUUAUUAUUAUUGUGUAUUGUUAUUAUUAUAUUCUUACGAAUACUUUGCGCCAGCUUUCAUAAACCCUUUAGAAAUUGAUGCACUAGUGGCCUAUAAAUGGGAGACGGCCACCUCUUGUCCACAAGCCAGCUGUGGUUCUUGGAGCAAAAGGAAGCCGCCUUAAUAUUUCUUAUUAAUGGCAGAAAAUUAGCUUUAUUUUUUAUUUUAUUUUUUAAAAUAUUUUUUAUUAGCAAAUUCAACAAAACAAAAUUUCAAAACAUAUCAUAUUCAUUGUUUUCCCCCACCAACCAUCAAACCUUCCCCUCCAGAGACUUCCCUCAGCUCCUCUUUCUGAUUUCUCAGCACAUAUUAUUUUCUGCAUGAAUAAACAUACACCAAUUUAUUGGUUGAUAAUAUGAUAGACAGAUGACGUAAGGAUAUGUACGAGUUUAUAACAUGCAGAAAAUUAGCUUUAUAAAGUUCCCCCCAGGAUUCUGUUACAUCACUUCCAAUAUAUUUAAUAUAUUGCGGGCAGAACUUAAAGCCUGUCUUACCUCUUAGCCGAUCUUGCAAUUCAGUUGGCACAUUCAGACACACUCAGGAGUACAGUGGUGCCUCGCAAGACGAAAAGAAUCCGUUCUGGGAGUCUCUUCGUCUAGCGGUUUUUUCGUCUUGCGAAGCAAGCCCAUUGACGGGAUUAGCGGAUUAGCGCUUUUAGCGGCUUUUAGCGGCUUUUAGCGGCUUUUAGCGGCUUUUAGCGGCUUAUCAGCUUAUCAGAUAAGCAGAUAAGCGGCUUAGCGACUUAGAAAAAGAGGGGGAAAAGGAAAAAAAACCCCCAGGAACUCGCAAGACAUUUUCGUCUUGCGAAGCAAGCCCAUUGCAGAUUCGUUUUGCGAGGCACCUCCAAAACGGAAAACUCUUUCGUCUAGCGAGUUUUCCGUCUUGCGAGGCAUUCGUCUUGCGGGGCACCACUGUAUAUCAAUAGGAGUAUAGCAUCUAGAUCAAGGGAAGUAAUAGUGCCACUGUAUUCUGCUCUGGUCAGACCUCACCUGGAGUACUGUGUCCAGUUCGGGGCACCACAGUUCAAGAAGGACACUGACAAACUGGAACGUGUCCAGAGGAGGGCAACCAAAAUGGUCAAAGGCCUGGAAACGAUGCCUUAUGAGGAACGGCUAAGGGAGCUGGGCAUGUUUAGCCUGGAGAAGAGGAGGUUAAGGGUGAUAUGAUAGCCAUGUUCAAAUAUAUAAAAGGAUGUCACAUAGAGGAGGGAGAAAGGUUGUUUUCUGCUGCUCCAGAGAAGCGGACACGGAGCAAUGGAUCCAAACUACAUUAGGAAGAACUUCCUGACAGUAAGAGCUGUUUGACAGUGGAAUUUGCUGCCAAGGAGUGUGGUGGAGUCUCCUUCUUUGGAGGUCUUUAAGCAGAGGCUUGACAACCAUAUGUCAGGAGUGCUCUGAUGGUGUUUCCUGCUUGGCAGGGGGUUGGACUCGAUGGCCCUUGUGGUCACUUCCAACUCUAUGAUUCUAUGAUUCUAUGAUUCAGAUUCUGAUUCAGUUUAUGGAUUGUCAUUCCAGACAUUUCGCCAAAUGCUUCAAUCUCUCUGAUGUUUCUCUGUCUCUCUCUUUUUAUGUAGGCUAAGGAGCAGAAGAAACAGAAAAACUACCAGCGGCUUCUACAGCUGGAUGGGCAGAGCUUGGUGCCAUCGGACGAGGCCCUGGAGUGCCCCAUCUGCUUCUUGGCCCUGCAGCCUGGCGAGGGGGUGACCUUGCGGGAAUGCUUACAUUCCUUCUGCAAGUAAGUAAAUGAUCCAGUAAUGAUAAUAAUAACAAUUUAUUACCUAUACGCUGCCCAUCAGGCUGGGUUUCCCCAGCCACAUUGGGCGGCUUCCGACAGAAUAAUAAAGACACGAAAAAACAUCAAACAUUAAAAACUUUCCUAAACAGGGCUGCCUUCAGAUGUCUUCUAAACGUCAGAUAGUUGUUUAUUUCCUUGACAUAUGACGGGCGGGCGCCACCACCGAGAAAGCCCUGUGCCUGGUUCCCUGUAACCUCGCUUCUUGCGGGGAGGGAACCGCCAGAAGGCCCUCGGAGCUGGACCUCAGUGUCCAGGUAGAACGAUGGGGGUGGAGACGCUCCUUCAGGUAUCCUGGACCGAGGCCGUUUAGGGCUUGAAAGGUCAGCACCAACCCUUUGAUUUGCACUCGGAAACGUACUGGGAGCCAGUGUAGGUCUUUCAAGACUGGUGUUAUGUGGUCUCGGCAGCUGCCCCCAGUCACUAGUCUAGCUGCUGCAUUCUGGAUUAGUUGCAGUUUCCAGGUCACCUUCAAAGCUGGGAUGGAACGGCUCCCUUAAGAAGAGGAGUAUAAAUGGGAAUUUUCCCCAGGUGGAGAGAAGUGAAGAGUAGAGUCCCCUAAGGAUCUGUUUUUCGGACCUGGACUCUUCGUCAAACGAUCUCUGGGUGGUUCAUAAGAUAAAAACACGGGAUAAAGCCACAAAUAAAUAGUGAAAACAGAAGCAACGAAACAGUAACUCCCACAAAACAUUUAAAAGGGCACCGGGAGGUGCAGCUGGUGCCUUCAUUAUACACCUUUAGGUGCCAGGCAAAAACAUGCUUCUGUAGCCAAGCUUUUGGCUGAUUGGCAUCCAAUGCCCUUUUGAAAAUGUGUUUGGGGGGGUGGGGUUAUUGGAUUAUUCUUGCUUUAUUAUUAUUAUUAAUUAUUAUUUAUUUAUUAUUAUUUAUUUUGUGUUUUUUAUUGUGAUUUUAUGUUGAGCGCUGAUAAUAACAAUGUCAAUGUUUUUGCCUGGCACCUAAAGCUAAAUAGUGAAGGUGCCAGGCAAGCCUCCCUGGGGAGAGCAUUCCACAGACGGGGAGCCACUGCAGAGAAGGCCCUGUUCCCAUGUUGCCACCCUCGGGACCUCUUGUGGAGGAGGCACACGAAUAAGAGCCUCUGAUGAUGAUCUUAGGGUCAUAUGGGGAGAGGCAGCCCUUGAGAUAUUGUGGUCCUGAGCCAUUUAAGGCUUUGUAGCUCAAAACCCGCGCUUUGAAUUAGGCCUGGAAACUCAUUGGCAACCAGUGGGCCAGGAGGGUUGCAAUAUGGACAAACCGCUUUGUCCCAGUGAGCAACCUGGCUGCUGAAUUCUGCACCAGCCGAAGUUUCUGAACCUCCCAUUUCCGUGUGACGUAUGUGUCCCCCCCCCAAUAAUUUCUCCCUCCAGGGACUGUUUGAGAGGAACCAUCCUCAACAGCCAGGAGCCCGAAGUGCGCUGCCCCUACAUUGACGAGAAAUACUCCUGCCCGGGGCAGUUGCUGGAACGGGAGGUCAAAGCGGUAGGCCUGUUAAAAUGUCUGUUUUAUACACACACGCAGGACGCGGGUGGCGCUGUGGGUUAAACCACAGAGCCUAGGACUUGCUGAUCAGAAGGUCGACGGUUCGAAUCCCCGCGCAGAGGGGGUGAGCUCCUGUUGCUCGGUCCCUGCUCCUGCCAACCUAGCAGUUUGAAAGCACGUCAAGGUGCAAGUAGAUAAAUAGGUAUCGCUCUGGCGGGAAGGUAAACGGCGUUUCCGUGCGCUGCUCUGGUUCGCCAGAAGUGGCUUAGUCAUGCUGGCCACAUGACCCGGAAGCUGUACGCCGGCUCCCUCGGCCAAUAAAGCAAGAUGAGCGCCGCAACCCCAGAGUCGGUCACGACUGGACCUAAUGGUCAGGGGUCCCUUUACCUUACACACACACACACACACACACACACACACACACACCAGAUUUCCCGCAAGGAGCUCAGGAUAGUGUAUGUGUUUCUUUCCGUCCCUCUCCCAAAUUUUAUCCUUGCAAUAACCUUGUGAGGUAGGCUAGGUUGAGAGUGAGAGAGUGACUGGUCUCUCUGAUGUUCACCCAAUGAGCUUCACAGGGAGGGGCACUGAACUCCUUGGUUCAAUGCUCCUUUUUAAUUGAAAAUUUUAUUUACAACAUAACAUAACCCCCCCCACUCCCCCAAUACAGUAAUACAAUAAGCAUAACAUACAACAAUACAAACAACCAAAUAAAAGACUUCCUUUAUUCUGUAUCUGGCCUCCUUAUGUACUUCUUAUAAGCUGAAUAAUUAUUAAGAUUUUUCUAAUUAUAACUUAAAUAUCCACAAAUUCUCCUGCAGACAUUAAUCGAGACAUGUCCGGGUAUGUAUUUUAGGGCAUUGAUUUGUGAAGUAUUCUCUGCAUUUCCCCCCUGCUUUUUGAAACUCUUGUCUAGUGUGAUCUCUAAUUGCCUCUGUUAAUCUAGCCAGUUCAAUAUACUCUAACAGUUUGUCUUGCCAUUCCAUUUUUGUUGGCACAAUUUCAUUUUCCCAGUUUUCAGCAAUUAGGAUUCCUUGGUUCAACACUCCUAAUCAGUGUGCCACAUGGGUGCUCUCACAAAUUAUUUCUGGCUGAUUAUCAUAGAAUCAAAGAACUGUCAAGUUGGAAGGGACUCUGAGGGUCAUCUAGUCCAACCCUUCAAUGCAGGAAUAAUAAUAAUAAUAAUAAUAAUAAUAAUAAUAAUAAUAAUUUAUACCCUGCCCAUCUGGCUGGAUUUCCCCAGACACUCUGGGCAGCUUCCAACAGAAUAUUAAAAACACAAUAAAACAUCAAACAUUAAAAACUUCCCUAAACAGGGCUGCCUUCAGAUGUCUUCUAAAAGUCAGAGAGUUGUUUAUUUCUUUGACAUCUGAUGGGAGGGUGUUCCACAGGGCGGGCGCCACCACCAAGAAGGCCUUCUGCCUGGCUCCCUGUAACCUCAUUUCUCUAACCAACUGAGCUACAUAUCAGAUUGAUUGAUGCACCAAUUGGAGCUUGCAACAUUCUUGAUUUUAGAAUGUUGUAUUAUUUUAUUGUUGUUAGCCGCCCUGAGCCCAGUUUCGGCUGGGGAGGGUGGGAUAUAAAUUAUUAUUAUUAUUAUUAUUAUUAUUAUUAUUAUUAUUAUUAUUAACCCUGCUAUCUAAGCCCAGCAGCUCUUGCAAAAUCCCAGGUUCCGCGGGUAACAUUAUUCUCACUCGAUACUUUCAGAGGCAGAUUCCCUGACUUAAAACAGCAUGAUUAGGCAGCUGGGGCAAUUUGCUUCCCCUUUUGGGGGUCUCCUCUGAUGUUGUUUUCUCCAUUUGAUCUCCAGCUCCUGAGCAAAGACGAGUACCAGCGUUUCUUGGACCUGGGAGUCUCCAUUGCCGAAAACCGCAGCCGCUCCAGCUACCACUGCAAAACCACGGACUGCCGGGGCUGGUGCUUCUACGAGGAUGACGUGAACGAGUUCCCGUGUCCCGUGUGCGAGAAGGUGAACUGCCUGCUUUGCCAGGUGAGAUGCUCUCUGCUCAUCUAGAAACUGCCGUUGUGCAUGGAUGUGUCAGUUACGCUAGAAAUUUAGCCUGCGGGCGGGGAAGGGAAGACCAGUCCACAGCUGGGAGAUGGCAAACAUGGUUGGAGCUCAGUAUCGGUGGGCCGGAUCCUUCCCUUGGCUUUCCCUUGGUGGUACAAGGCUAGUCACCUGAUGUCAUGAUGACAUCAGGUGGCAACUUCAGAGGGGCUCUCUCGCAACGCCAAUCAGCCGAGCUCUUUUGAAAAUGUGCUGUUGGUGUCAGUCAGCUGAUUGGCACUGACUGUGUCCAUUUCAAGCAUCCGUUUAAAAUAUAUUUGCCGGCACGAUUUGUAUUCAGGCUGCACCUGUAAGCAGAGGGAUGCCAGCCCUUGCAAAAGGACAUUUCCCCUAUUCAAAGCAGGCCUGCAAGCUUUGGAGCAAUAAUAAUAAUAAUAAUAAUUUAUUUAUACCCCGCCCAUCUGGCUGGGUUUCCCCAGCCAAUCUGGGCGGCUUCCAACAGAAUAUUAAAAUACAAUAGUCUAUUAAACAUUAAAAGCUUCCCUAAACAGGGCUGCCUUCAGAUGUCUUCUGAAAGUCUGCUAGUUGUUUUUCCCUUUGACAUCUGGUGGGAGGGCGUUCCACAGGGCGGGUGCCACUACCGAGAAGGCCCUCUGCCUGGUUCCCUGUAACCUGGUUUCUCGCAGGGAGGGAACUACCAGAAGGCCCUUGGCACUGGACCUCAGUGUCCUGGCAGAACGAUGGAGGUCGAGACGCUCCUUCAGGUAUACUGGGCCGAAGCCGUUUAGGGCUUUAAAGGUUGGCACCAACACUUUGAAUUGUGCUUGGAAACGUACUGGGAGCCAGUGUAGGUCUUUCAAGACCAGUGUCUUGGCGGCCACUCCCAGUCUGGCUGCCGCAUUCGGGAUUAGUUGUAGUUUCCGGGUCACCUUCAAAGAUAGCCCCACGUAGAGCACAUUGCAGUAGUCCAAGCGGGAGAUAACCAGAGCAUGCACCACUCUGGCGAGACAGUCCGCGGGCAGGUAGGGUCUCAUCCUGCGUAGUAGAUGGAGCUGGUAAAUAGUUGCCCUGGACACAGAAUUGACCUGCACCUCCAUGGACAGCUGUGAGUCCAAAAUGACUCCCAGGCUGCGCACCUGGUCCUUCAGGGGCACAGUUACCCCAUUCAGGACCAGGGAGUCCUCCACACCUGCCCGCCUCCUGUCCCCCAAGAAUAGAACUUCUGUCUUGUCAGGAUUCAACCUCAAUCUGUUGGCCGCCUUUGCAAGCACUAACAGUCAGCUGAUUGUGGGCGCUGCAAACCUUUGCUGGACAAGCAUGUUCAGAAGAGCUUGGAGCAGCCACUCGCCGCCUGAUCGGUGGUUACAAUGAGCUCCUUUGCAUGCCUUCAGUCAGGUAAGGGGUUUGCUAGUCCCAGCUAUCAGCUGAUUGUUGGCACCUUGAAAGCCACAGGGCUGUGUCUUAUUUUUUUCUGGUGCCACACCUGAUGUCAUUUGCUGUCAGGUAUAAGGCCAAGUGGGCAGGAUUUAGGUAAAAACAACAGCCUUGCAGCCCAAAUGGGGAGGCCUGUUGGGUCAAAGGGGUUCCUCACUUUUACCUGUAUCUCUGAAUACAGGUAGUUCAAACUCUUCUAAAUACUUCUUUAUGGGUGAAGUAGGGAUUGUGCAUGCUGGUGAAGAUGCUUUAGUUGAGAUUCCUGCAUUGCAGGGGGUUGAACUAGAUGACCCUUGGGGUCCCUUCCAUCUCUACAUUUCUAAGAUGUAGAGUGCAAGACAGAAUGGGAAUGGGUGUAGAUGUCAGCUUGAAGUGUGUAAGAAAAAUAAUUACCAGUAAUUUUCAGUGCUGAAGAGCCAAGUGGGCCCCGGAUGGAUAUUGGUAUUUGGGGUAGAAUAUUCAGAUAAGACCCUUCCUAGAACAAAAAUACGGGGACGCGGGUGGCACUGUGGGUUAAACCACAGAGCCUAGGACUUGCCGAUCUGAAGGUCGGUGGUUUGAAUCCCCGCGACAGGGUGAGCUCCCGUUGCUCAGUCCCUGAUCCUGCCAACCUAGCAGUUCGAAAGCACAUCAAAGUGCAAGUAGAUAAAUAGGUACCACUCUGGCAGGAAGGUAAACGGCGUUUCCGUGCGCUGCUCUGGUUUGCCAGAAGUGGCUUAGUCAUGCUGGCCACAUGACCCGGAAGCUGUACACCGGCUCCCUCAGCCAGUAAAGCGAGAUGAGCGCCGCAACCCCAGAGUCAGCCACAACUGGACCUAAUGGUCAGGGGUCCCUUUACCUUUACCUUUAGAACAAAAAUAGAACAAUUGACCAUUUCCUGCCCAUUGGUGGUAUCUGGAAUCUGCCAUUUUCAGCGUAUGCCUAGGUUGGCUUGAUAAGAGACUAUUGGGUACAUGACAUCAUUUAUGGGGCACCCUACGAGUGUUUGCUAACCAUUUGGGGGAAGGAGACUGGAAGUCAGGAUCCAAACCACAUGUCUCAUCUGCAGGCUAUUCACGAAAACAUGAACUGCAAAGAGUAUCAGGAUGAUCUCCAGAUCCGAGCUCAGAAUGACCAGGCUGCGCAGCAGACCACACAGAUGUUGCUGGUGAGAAGGGGUGGCUGAGGGGCUCUGAAAGGGGGAGGAAGAGGGUCACCCCGCCCCCCAAGUUCAGGCCCACACAGUAUAUUAGCAGUCCUCCACCCCCUGGUUCAUGAAGUAGCUGGGAAAGAGAGCAGUUGGCUUGUACAUUUUACCUGCAAAAAAUGUUGGCAGCUCCAACUUUAAGGAAAAAAACAUCAGGGUGGUAAACAGCACAAAGUCGCAAUGAAAAAUUCACGAAACGCAUGCAAAAAUGUAUCGUGAAUCUUAAAGUACGGUGAGAUUAAUUGGAAGUCAGUUUUAAAUUUCUUCUCUAUAAGUUUUAUAAUUGUGUUCAGUAUCAGGAGUAUAUACAGUGGUACCUCGGGUUAAGUACUUAAUUCGUUCCGGAGGUCCGUACUUAACCUGAAACUUGUUCUUAACCUGAAGCACCACUUUAGCUAAUGGGGCCUCCUGCUGUUGCCGCUCCACCGGAGCACGAUUUCUGUUCUCAUCCUGAAGCAAAGUUCUUAACCUGAAGCACUGUUUCUGGGUUAGCGGAGUCUGUAACCUGAAACGUAUGUAACCUGAAGUGAAUGUAACCCGAGGUACCACUGUAUGAUGAUAAUUAUAUUAAUCUUCUUGUAUCUUAUAGUGUGGUGGUUUGUUUGAUUUUUCCGUUAUUUGUUUGUUUGUUUGUUUACUUGUAUGUACAUCUGUUUUCUCAUAAAUGUAUUUAUUUUAUACACACACACACACACACACACACACACACACAUAUAUAACACGAAUCAGUAGAUCAGCUUAUCGUAUUCAUUCAUUCAUUUAUUCAUAAGAUUUCCUACCCACCCAGGAUGGGUUCCAACAGUAGAAUAUACAAUUCCAAAAAAGCCCCCCAGAUAAAACCAUUGCAGCUAUCAAACAUUCAAAACCGUUCAAAACGGAACAGGGCAGUAUAAAAUCAGCGAAAGAGGUGGGUCCCACAAACCCCCUCAGUUGUCAAAGGGCAAAGUAAAGAGUGUCUGGCAUCACUGUAUGGCAAAAGCUGUGUAGGGGCUCAGGGCGCCUCCCCGGCGAGGGAGUUCCACAACUUAGGGGCUGCUGCAGAGAAGGCUCUGUCCCAGCCUGUCCCUUCUGAGAGGGGCUGGAUGACUAAGAGAGCCCCUCCACCACCCAUGUAGCUUAACAUCUGAGAAGUCUGUAGUGAUGGAGACACCUUUGGAUAUUUGGGGGGCAAAGUUGCUCAGGGCCUUAAAAACAUAAGCCCCUUGAAUUGGGCCCGGACAUCAACACGACUCCAUCACCUGUCAGUGGGGGGGAAAGUCUGGUGAUCUGGUUUGCACAUGAAUGCUGAUCCCAGCUGAUUUGUAGCAUGUACAUAUAGUUUUGGAAGAGUUUGGGGAUUUCUAUGCCCCACGGAGCACCUUAAGGUCCACAAAUAGCAACACUCUAGAGGUCCCAGGCCCUAAGGAAGUCAGAUUAGCCUCAACCAGAGCAGGGCCUUUUCAACACUGGCCCCGGCCUGGUGGAACGCUCUGACUCAUGAAACCAGGGCCCUGCGGGGUCUGAUUUUUUUCCGCAGGGCCUGUAAGACAGAGUUGUUCCGCCUGGCCUUUGGCUUGGAAUCAACUUGAUUCCCUCCCCCUCUUUCUUUCUUUUUUCCUUUCUCUUCCUGUGAUGGAGCUCCUAUUUGGGGACUUCCCUGUCUUUUUUCUGGCCCACGUAGGACCAGUCUGGAUAGUUGGCCUUGGUGAAGAUUUGACGUUUUCAUCCCCAAAAGUUUUUGCGUUUCUACUGAAAUAAGACUUCAUUUUAAUGUUGCAUUUUAAUCUUGUUUUUAAGUUGUAUUUUAAUCAAUUGUUUUUUACCUGGUGUUAGCCGCCCUGAGCCCGGUCUUGGCUGGGGAAGGCGGGGUAUAAAUAAAAUUUUUUAUUAUUAUUAUUAUUUCUAGACCCAUCCAUGCAACAACCACCCACCCUGGGGGAGUGAAUAGUCUAGUUCUGGCACAAUCUGCACCAUGCAAUGACCUGCCAUCACCCCCUUGCCCCUGCCCCUGCCCUCUCUGUUGGAAGAGGCAAACCUAAACAUGCUUUCUCUUUCAGAACAUGGUUCAGAAAGGAGAGGCUAUGCACUGUCCCACAUGCAAGAUUAUCGUGCAGAAGAAAGACGGCUGCGACUGGAUCCGAUGCACUGUCUGCCACACAGAGAUCUGCUGGGUGACUAAAGGGCCGCGGUGGGGGCCUGCGGUAUGUGUUGAUCAAGCGCGCGGCAGAGAGCGGAUUCUAAUAAUAAUAAUAAUAAUAAUAAAUUUUAUUUAUAUCCCGCCCUCCCCAGCCGAAGCCGGGCUCAGGGCGGCUAACAACAAUAAAACAGUACAAAAGUACAACACAAACAACACUCUAAAAUCAUUCAUUAUAAAUUUAAUUAAUUCAAGCCACUGGCAACCAUUGGGCCAGAGCUCCGCGAAGAUUGCCGAGGGAGGGAGUCAGGCUGUGCCCUGGCCAAAGGCCUGGUGGAACAGCUCUGUCUUGCAGGCCCUGCGGAAAGAUGUCAAGUCCUGCAGGGCCCUGGUCUCUUGUGACAGAGCGUUCCACCAGAUCGGGGCCACGGCCGAAAAAGCCCUGGCUCUGGUUGAGGCCAGCCCAACCUCCCUGUGGCCUGGGACCUUCAAGAUUCUCUUCAAACGGUGUGUAGUGGGCUCUGGGGUCCUUUAAGACGCCCAACACAUUCACGGAUUGGCUUUGAAAGAUUCCAUCUGCUUGGAUGGGCAUGGGCUGUGCGACACCAGGAACCUCAACCGCAGUCGUCGUCAACCUUUGCGCAUGCCGGUUGGGGCUGAUGGGAAUUGUAGUCCAAAACACUUGGACUACAACAUCUGGUUGUUUAGGUGCUGAGGACCGUAGUGAGGACUUGCAGGAUGCAAAAGCAGAGCUGAAGGUGUUGCAACAGAUAAACCCUUCCCAAGAAAUGGGUUGGCUGUUGAAGCUUAAUAAUAAUAAGAAUAAGAAAAAUAUUACAGUGGACGCUCAGGUUGCGAACGUGAUCCGUGCGGGAUGCACGUUCGCAACCCACAGCGUUCGCAACCCGCGCCUGUGCACCUGCGGGUUGCGAUUUGGCGCUUAUACGCAAAGCGUGAUUUAGCACUUCUGUGCAUGCGCGACUGCCAAAACCCGGAAGUAACCUGUUCCGAUACUUCCAGGUUUCAGCAGUCCGCAACCUGAAAAAACGCAGCCAGAAGCGUCUGUAACCCGAGGUAUGACUGUAUUAUUUUUAUUAUUAUUAUUAUUAUUAUUAUUAUUAUUAUUAUUAUUAUUUCAACCCACCCAUCUGGCUAGGUUUCCCCAGCCACUCUGGGUGGCUUCCAACAGAAAGUUAAAAAUACAUUAAAACAUCAGUCAUUAAAAACUUCCCUAAACGGGGCUGCCUUCAGAUGUCUUCUAAAAGUCCAAUAGUUGUUUAUCUCCUUCACAACUGAUGGGAGGGCAUUCCACAGGGUGGGCGCCACCACCGAGAAGGCCCUCUGCCUGGUUCCCUGUAACUUGGCUUCUCAGAGUGAGGGACCCGCCAGAAGGCCCUCGGAGCUGGACCUCAGUGUCCGGGCAGAACGAUGGGGGUGGAGACGCUCCUUCAGGUAUACAGGACCGAGGCCGUUUAGGGCUUUAAAGGUCAGCACCAACACUUUGAAUUGUGCUUGGAAACGUACUGGGAGCCAAUGUAGGUCUUUCAAGGCUGGUGUUAUGUGGUCUUGGCGGCCGCUCCAAUCCAAGCUUUGUAAGAAUGUAAGACAAAUUCUACUGGAUCGGACAAAAAGUCCAGCCUAGUCUAGCAUCUAGUACCCACAGUGGCCAAUCAGAUACCUUCAAUAAGCAUUGCAAGGAGUUAUUGCCUUGCAUGGGAGUUGGGCUAGGUGACAUACUUUCAGAAGGUAAAAUUGAAAUCCUUUGGUUUUCCAAGAGCAGCUUAUGUGCUUUAUAUCAUACAUGGGUUUACCACACUAACCGUUGUCCAGUCUCAAAAACAAUAACAAAUUUGAAUUCCUCAAACAUAUUUUGCACUGAAGCAAUUUGCAAACAUUUAAGUUUCACCCUGAAAUGGCAUGCCCUAAUUCCAUAGUCUUCCGUCUUUUCGGGUCCAGGGCUUCUGUGUGUGUCUUGAUUGUGCAGGUGUGAGAAAGCUGAGAUAGGAAACUUCCAGUUAAUGAGAGGAGAUGGCAGGCGAUGGGCCCAGGGCUGUUCUACAGCCCUGAUGUUGCAGACCAAGAAUCCUGUCCAGCCACCCUAGCACAAGGGAUGUAAUCAGGUGUCUUUUGAGAGAACUGUGUGGCUGGGAACUGCUUCUGGUCUCGCGUACGAUGAGGCCUGCUGUGUUCACCUUUGAACCCAAAGAGUUUUGGAACUGCUCUGGUGUGCAGAACUGUUGCAUGAAGCAUAUCCAAGAUGUCAAGAUGUGCAAGCCUCUUGCAGUGCAGUAAUAGCAGAAGUCACUGCAUCCCAAUGUGCUCUACUGAGCUAGAGCCCUUCAUUCCUUCUUUCCUACUUUCCCCGACCCAAACAAGAGAAUCCAGAUGGAAAACUAGAAUAUAGUCAUACCUCAUGUUACAUUUGAUUCAGGUUGCACGCUUUCAGGUUGCAUCCCACGACGACCCAGAAGUAACAGAAUGGGUUACUUCCGGGUUUCGCCGCUUGCACAUGCGCAGACGAGCAAAAUAACAUCACGCGCAUGCGCAGAAGUGGCGAAUCAUGACCUGCAGACUCGGGUUGCGUUCUUUUCAGGUUGCAAGUGGGCCUCCGGAACGGAUCCCAUUUGCAACCAGAGGUACCACUGUAUUGACUACAGGGUGACAAUGCACAAAUAAGUAGGGGUUUUUUUUUUAACUUCGAAGGAAGCAAUUUCCCACAUAAUCGCGUGAAGGACAAUUUCAAAAGUAGCAAUCCUACAGGAGGUUUCCUCCCGUCUCUCCCCGUUUUCCUGUCUGGCAAUUUCCUGACCCGCUUUGUUUUCGGACCCUGACCUUUCCUGUACAGGAAGACCUACAUUGUCCUUGCACUCUCAUCAGGACCCUCCCAUGGCAUCCUCCGUCUCCAACCCUGUGAGAUAAUCUCUUCCUUAUGUACCCGCCGUCUGCCCUCUGUUUCAUUGCUUUCUGUCUUCUCCUCCUCCCCCCCGCAGGGUUCUGGCGAUACCAGCGGGGGCUGCCGCUGCAAGCUGAACGGAGCCCCCUGCCACCCCAACUGUCAGAACUGCCAUUAA